AAAGCAGAUAUUUGUCUAAUCAUUUUUUGGCAAUGUUGUGAAAUUUUAGUAUAAAUUCGUUAAAAAUCAUUUGCAGUAGUCACAGUUUUAUCUUGUGUAUCACAGAAGUAACAUAAAUCGAAAUCAAUCAUGAAAUUCUUCAUUGUUUUCGCUUGCGCCUUGGCCAUUGUUGCCGCCAACGAAGAUGCCAAUGUCAUCCGCAGUGAGUCCGAGGUCAAUGUAGACAGUUUCAAGUAUGCCUACGAAUUCGACAACAGCAUCAAGGCUGAACAACAAGGCAAAUUGGCCGGUGAAGAAAACUGGGUCGUCAACGGCCAGUACUCCUUCACCUCCCCCGAAGGCGAACAAGUCUCUUUGCAAUACACCGCCGAUGAAAACGGUUACCAUGUCGAUGCUGCCAACCCCUUGUUGCCCACACCACCACCAAUUCCAGAACACAUCCUUAAGGCUAUUGAAUACAUCAAGGCCCACCCCAACCCCGAAUACCAAAACUAAAUUGAUCUGAAGGAUAAUUGUUAUUUGUUUGAAAAGGAUUGAAAUAAAUGU